UGAGCCUGCACAUUUGUCUCGAGAUUAAUCACGAAUAAGGUGUACUAUUGGUGUCAAGAAACAAAAGAUUUUUUAUUUUUUUUUAAAUACCCAUAAUAGUCCACUGUUAGAUUCCUGAGUUAUUAAUUAUUAUAUCAUCAGAUAUUGUUGAUUUGACAACAGGCCUAUUUAGUGUGGCCUAAAAAGUGCGGGAGAGACGAUCAGCAGCCAUUUAUCAGACUGUCAAGAAAUAAGAUUGCCUACAGAAGCAGCAGCAGGCAUGACUGAUGAAGAAGAUACAGUCAAAGUAAAAGCUGCAUAAGGUAAAGAUGAUGAAGAGAACACUGGACCCGGGCCCUCCAGACUACAGGCGGAGAACCAUAGCUGUGGUGGCUCCCACCCUCUCUCUGGAGGAGACUGCCCUGCAGGCCCAGCGGGAGUGUGAGGAGGCCGCCUGGUGGGUGGCGGAGCUGCGGGCUAAGGACAGGCAGCUGGCAGUCCUCCUGGAGGAGAGGAGGAUGGCCGCUCUCCUGAGGAGGAAGAGGGAUCAGCGCGAUGCGCAGAGGAGAUCAAUGGCGUUUGCAAGAGAACAGAAGGCCCUGUGGGUCAGGCUGAUGAUGGACGGUGUCGCCGACGCCGUGGAGAAGAGGAGCGGCAUGAUGGCCAACGCCAACCUCACACCCAUGAUGAGCAGUCAGGAUCAUGGACAGGAUCUGCCCAGCUCCGCUGAUCAACUCGCCACCUUGAAAGCUGUGAUCGCCUCCAUUACAGCACGUGUGCUCAAAGAAUACGACAGAGGCCUCACUGGACAGGCCGAGCAGCUGAGGCCAGCGGCCAGAAGUGGUGACGGCGUAGCUGCCAUGAAUAAACAAAACACAACAUAUCACAACGCCAUAACAGACAUGAUGAAGGCCCACAGGCAGGAGGCUCUAAGGCAGGAGCUGCUGGAGAAGCAAAGAGUGAGGGAGAGAGAAGCGGAGGCAGUAGAGGCAGCAGACAAGGCCGGAGCGAGGGUCCAGAGCAGACUGCUGAGGUUCUGGAAUCUGCUGCGCAAGGCCAACUGGUCUGGCAACCGGAGGAGACGACAUGCAGCAUCACAGGCCUGAGAGCUGAGAGCAGCAGUCGCAAAAGGAGAACAUCAUUACAAAAGUUAUAUUAAAUACAAAUAUUUUCACAGA